GAAUGUUUGGAACUGUAACCGAGGGACAUCAGGCGGGGACAAUGCUUGUAAUGCGCUAUGCUUACAUAUUGUCACGCCAUUAACGUCGUCUGUCAGUGGCAGAUUGUUGUCUAUGGAUUAGGGUUUUAUUCUUUUGCAGUGUCGAUAGCUUCGGAGAAUAUUAAGAUUCGCUUCCAAUUUCCAACCAGAUACUGGGCUCCGUGUUUGAACAAAGUCGUUGGCGGGUCUCCGAGGGUUGACUGGACAUUUUCUGAUAUUGGCGAGUUUAUCAGUUUCCUUAGAUCCAUACGUCGGUGUAUUUUGCUUAGAUUUUGUUAUAAUUACUGUUUAAAGACUCUUACUUCGAAGACUCUGGUAAUUUUUUGGGGGAAUAAUGGAGGAUCACGCGGGUUUAGGAGGUGGAGUAUCUGUUAACAUCGGAAGGGAAGAAGAAGAAGAUGAAUUUUGCAGUUGUUGUGAAGAAGAAGAAGAAUUUUUGAAAGAAUCUGAGCAGCCAGCGGUGGAAGAGUUGAAGGAGGACUUUGACGAAUCUUCAGUGAAAAUGUUCUUUAAGGGAUUGUCUAUAGCUGGGGUUGAAAAUUCCAGUUCUGGAUAUUCUGGAAUUGGAGUCUUCAUGGAAAGACCAUCCGGUCUUCCAGCUAUCCGUGUGCAGAAAAAGCUCGACUUUUAUGCAGAAAACCUAUUAGCUGAAUACUUGGCUCUCAUCGAUGGCUUGCUGGAAGCUAUGCGGAAUAACGUCCACCGGGUUUACGCUUUUACAGAUUCUGAGUUAUUGUACGAUCAGAUAACGUUUGAGAAGAAUCUUGAGAUGCCACUUUUGAUAGCACUGAGAGAAAGGGUUCUGGAUCAUGCCAAUAAUUUUGAAUCAUUUGUUCUUAAUCUUGUUCCUAGCAUUGAUCUUGAGAAACCGCUGCAAUUAGCUAAAGUCGCUAUUGGCCUUGUCUCUCUUCCUAUAGAUGGUGGGAAAGUGCUCGAAAGCUGUUCUAUUUGUUGUGAGGACAAGCCAUUGCCAAUAAUGAUCACCAUGAAAUGUUCACACAAGUUUUGUUCACAUUGUUUGAGGGCUUAUGUUGAUGGAAAGGUACAGUCUUGUCAAGUCCCCAUAAGAUGUCCUCAACCAAGAUGCAAAUAUUACAUCUCUACUGCAGAAUGCAGGUCUUUUCUUCCAUUUACCUCUUUUGAAUCUUUGGAGAAAGCCCUUGCAGAAGCAAAUGUUUCAGAUAGAAUUUACUGCCCGUUUCCAAAUUGUUCUGUUCUCCUUGAUCCUCGUGAAUGUUUAUCAGCCAGGGCUAGUUCGUCUAGCCAAUCAGACAAUUCUUGUGUUGAAUGUCCUGUUUGUCAGAGGUUUAUAUGUGUGGACUGUGAGGUUCCUUGGCAUUCUUCUAUGAGCUGUGACGAUUACCAGAAUUUACCAGAGGAGGAGCGAGAUGCUUCUGACAUUACCUUGCAUCGCCUAGCUCAAAAUAAACGAUGGAAGCGUUGUCAGCAGUGUCGUCGGAUGAUUGAGCUUACUCAAGGCUGUUAUCAUAUGACCUGCUGGUGUGGUCAUGAGUUCUGCUAUUCUUGUGGAGCAGAAUACAGGGAUGGCCAACAGACUUGUCAGUGUGUGUUUUGGGAUGAAGACAACUCUGAAGACUCAGUGACUCACUCUCUUCAAGAAUCAGAACAAUGGGCAUGGGAGACUUUCAAUUCUCUCCCCAUGGUCAUGGAUGCAUACUCGGACCAAGAACGUUCACAGCUUGCACUUAUACAACGAUUCCUUGCUGGUGGUUUCAGUCUGAGUGACCAUCAUCCUUACCAAUCCCCUCCCCAUUGGACAGACUCCUAUGUUGAUGCCAUGAAGGAUCUACAUCAGCUUCCGUGGCUCGAGCGAUUUGUCUCUGUGAUAAGUGAUAACUAUUAUGAAGACUAUAUUCAAUAAAACUACACUAGCAUCUUAGACUUCUCAAUCGACUGAAUGGGAAAAUUGUCAAAUAGUCACCCCACCUCUCUUGACAGCGUCUCUUAAUCCGACGAGGGGGUUGGGUUCGUAAUGGUGAGUGUGAUUGUUUACUGCCCAUGUGGAAUUAUUUUCACUUAGAAAUACCUUAAAUACAUGCUUUUAGGCUUAAUAGAGUCUGCACUUGGAUUUCUUUAGCCAGUGACAUAUAAGCACAUUGUUUUGUAUGGUUCAACACCGCCAUCAAUUGUUUGGGUCAUUUGCACUGCCGGUUUUGGGAGCCAAGACUAGAUUGGGAAACAUAAUUGAUGUGGAGGAUCAAAUUGAGAAAGACCUUGCUGUGGAGAAAAAAUAAUUUGCUCAGCAACCCCGAGGUAGAUAGAGUUUCUCGCUCUAUAGAAGAAAUAGUGAUUCACAUUUCUUUCAUGUUACUUCUGUAUGUCUCCCCAAAAUGUCUGUCCUUGGAUGUUACAUGGUGAAGACCUUUCCAUGAUAAUUCUCUUUAUGGCGAGCGAAAGAAAGAAAGAAUAGGAUAACUGAAUGUGAAAUCCAGUGAUUUGUUUCUGUUGCUUAUUUGAAAUAGAUGCAUGGCAUUUUA